AUGAUGGUCUACACUGUCAGCCAUACCGUGUCCUCAGAGUGGCUCUACUCAGAAACGGUGGCGGGUUUUCGUGAGGUGAGUUUUGGUAUCCAGUUCAUGCAAGGGGCUAAUGUUCCCUUCCACUUCAACCCACGCUUCCAUGAGGACAACAAGAAGAUCAUCGUUUGUAACACGAAACAGGGUGACAUGUGGGGAAAGGAAGAAAUGACGACUGUGUUCCCCUUUGAAAGUGGCAAACCAUUCAAAAUCCAAAUCCCGGUUGCAGACGACUACUUCAAGGUUGCCGUCAAUGAUACUCAAGUGCUGCAGUACAACCAUCGGAUGAAAAAUCUUCAUGAAAUCAACCAACUGAAAAUCUCUGGUGACAUUGACCUCACCAGUGCUUCGUGUGCUAUGACAUAAUCUUAAAGGAUCAGGUAUUUUAAAAAAAUGAAAUUUGAGUGUAAACUUUACACAUAUAUUACACAUUUAAAAGCUUCAUGUUCACUAUGAGUUAAACAAUU